AUGGCGUCCUCACGGCCGACAUCCUACCAGACAGCAAAUCGUCGCAGCUCACAAAUCGGACCCGGCUCCAAUCGCAACUCCGCUGCUCUCAGCUCACCAGACAAGCAUAGCUCCGUCUCCAGUGGUCCACGAACGAGCACCAGUAUUGCUGAUACGAAGAGCAAUCGUCUUGUGCUUAUUACAGGUGCAACGGGAGGCAUCGGAAAAGCCACAGCUGUCGCCUUCGCCCGCACAGGAAAGUACAACCUUGCUCUGCACUUCAAUUCUGCUUCGGGCGAAGCGCAGGAAAGCUUGAUACAGGCGAUUAGUGAAGUCGUACCAGAGGUAAUAGACGUUGCACUUUUUCAGGCGGAUCUGGGAAGUUUUGAUGAGGUGAGAAAGUUGCAUAAGGAGGUUGUGGAUGGGUUGGGGACGGGUAUUGAUGUCCUCUUCAACAAUGCCGGCACAACAAGUAAUCUCAGCAACGUCUCCAAUCUAUCUGAUGUCUCGAUUGAGACAUUUGAAAGCACGUGGCGCAUAAAUGCUGCAUCACCGUUCCUUCUGGCUCAGCUUUGUCUGCCACAUAUGGAAAAGCAAGGUUGGGGAAGAAUCAUCUUCAACUCCAGCGUUGCGGCUUUGAACGGUGGAGUAGUGGGGCCGCAUUAUGCAAGUAGCAAGAGUGCUUUGCAUGGAUUCGUGCAUUGGCUUGGAGGGAAUGUGGCGAAGAAAGGCAUCACGGUGAACGCGAUUGCACCAGCGCUGAUUGAGGAUACGACGAUGCUGCCGGCCGGGGCGGACGGAACGGAGUCCUUGAAGGAGAAGAUACCUAUUGGGCGACUGGGAAGACCAGAGGAGAUUGCUGAGACGGUCAUGUGGAUGGUCAAUACAGGCUAUGUGACCAGGAAGAUCGUACCUGUUGACGGAGGUUUUCAUCCGUAUUGA